UACAUGGUGACAUCAGUACGAAAAAAAUGGCUGCGUCCUUGUACCAGAUGUAGAGGAGGUGUUGCUAAGUUUUGUUGUGUUUUUAUGCAGUGCAUCUGAGUGCUGAUGAAUUUUGUUGCUAUAUCAUCUUAAAAUAACAAAAGGUUUCCAGGAUGGGAGCAGAUGACUAUAUACAAGCAUCAACUACGCAAAAUGCAAGCAAUGCAAAGAAUGCAUAUACAAGGCAACAUAUAGUGGAAAUUAUUUUGAAAAAAUUUCAACAUCUUCCAGAAACUGACAGGAAUUUCUUUUCAUAUAGUCCCAUCUUCCUUGGAAUUAAUGGAGCAUUUGCAGGACUGAUAGCGAAUAGUUUGUUUCGGCGACUCCUUAAUGUCUCUCAGGGCUUUAUCACAUCAAGUUUGCCGAUGGCAGCGUUGCCGUUUAUUACAACAGUGGCAGCUUACACUGGAGUUGUUUCAGAUGCUUUGCUGUCAGGUGAUCUGAACUGUCAAAUCUGUGCUGUGGUUAGAGGUGGAUUAGUUGGUUCCGUUGCUGGCGGCCUUUAUCCUAUACUUUUGGCUUUGCCCGUAAAUGCUGGUCUUGCUGCCAGGUACAGUACAGCACUUUUGCCAGAGAAGGGGAACAGACUCCGUUUCUUCAUUACAAUUUCGCAACCUGUCUUGAAGAAGAUGAGCUACGUUUUAAUACUGCAGGCUGUCUUUGGAAUUUACUUGAGUUCCAGACAGUAUAAUAUUUACAUGAAAAUGCUCCAACUUCCUGAACAUGGUGUGGAUGUUGAAGAAAUGAAUGACUAAACAGUUUGUUCAUCUGAGUUAUACUGAUGUUUUGUAUUAUUUUCUUGAAAUCAUAAAAUUAAUACAUUAUCAUAAUAAACCAGGUACCAACAUGUCAUUUAUCUUAUUUUUACUCCUGUACAUAUUUAAAAAAAUUCUGCUGAGUUGUGGAAACUGUCACUUGGUUAGAAUAAUUGUGAAAGCAAUUAAAAAUAUUUUAUUUUA